AGAUUUGUAAUGUUUUUAAUGUGUUAUUUUGGUUAAUCUACCAUCAGAAAGUCCUGAUCAUUCAUGGAGCUUCUUUAAAAACGUGGACUGUGGACGCCGACAUUAGCUUUAGCUAAUGCUACAUUCUUAACAUUGAGAUGCUAUUUUAGUCUUGAAUAGCUUCGCUGAUCAGCUAAAUCUUUUUAGUAUUUACAUGAACUCAGCAAUAAUCUUUUCAGCGUCAAAUCAGAUUAGUUAAGAAGCAAAAAUUAACCCCUAGUCGACCAAAGAGAAGCGGUUUUGGCGACCGUCGCUGCUGUUAUGCGUCUUAUUAACGGGCGUACCAGAAACACACAAUAAAGGUUCCGGCUCGGGCUUGUAUGUACCAAAAAAAACCCAAUUGAUUACAUUAAAAUUUGAAACGUUUUAAACAUAAAUUCAUAUGUUUCAAAGUUAGCCACAUUUUAAUUAUUACUAGUAAUCGAAUUAAAGCCCUAAAUUUUCUGUCCCCCUUUUUAGUAACGUCCUUACAACAAAUGUCGAAAUGCACUACCAUCGAUUCUGGUAACCAAAAAACAAACAAGCAAACAAAACAAAAAAAAAACAAAACGGUAAAGGUAAGUUUGUGUUGCAGUGUUGUGCAAAAUACCGCGGUUCCACAGCUACAGGGGGUGAGGAAGAGGAAUUAUCUUUAUGAAACUGUUCAAGCAUUUCAACUUAUUGCAGUUUCUAACCAAGCAGUAAUCUGGUAAUCUUUUGAUAACCAGAAAGUAAGGUACUUCUUAUAAAGUAACUUGCAAGUACUGUAACACCACCCUCGGAAUCUGAUAGAGUUAUAUUUGUUUAGAAAAUAAAGUAACUUUGCUCAUUUCAAAAGACUGACCUGUAAGUUCUGAGAAAGUACUCCAUAAUUAAAAUCUGAAAGGUAACUUGGAAAUUUCUUAACAUUCUUGAAAGGUUUCUGUUGAAGUUUCAAGAUGGUACAAACUAUUUUAAAUUUAAGUUAAGAAACCAAAUGUCCACAAAUAUUUAUCACAUUUACAAGUUGUAGUUUUUAUUUGCUUUACAUCAGUUUACAUCCGUUUAAAGCGUUAAGUGAACAAUAAUGUAAUAUUUAUCUAUUUAAUUAAAGCGCUCUACAGUUACAGGCCACUUAAGCUUCAUUAUCUGAAUAAAAACCUCCCACAUGGUGUCAAACUCAAAUGUUGACUUUUUCCUGCAGCUGCUGGAGAACAAUUGAAAUGCUUGAAGCGUUUAUUAUUUUGUUUUCCUGUAGAUGAGAUGAACAAACAGAAGAUGAAUUUAAAAGGCUCCAUCAAAGCCUCAUUUGCACUUUUUUGUUGCUGCGUUUAUGUAAGCAGCUUCCCGGUUUAUAAAGGUUCACUCAGUUUGAAUUGAACUGAAGGGAGGAGGCAUGGCAGCUCUACGGAUAUUUGCUUUUAUGAUAUUUGCUGGUACGUCUGUUACUUAAAGAUGAUUAUAUUGUAAAUAGGAAUCAAGAGACUGAAUAUGUUUUGAGUUUGUGUUCAGGUCUGGAUUUUGUUGUCUUGCGUGCAGCAGGUUUUUGCAGCAGUCUGUCUUCAGAUUGCACAUAUUAUGGUCUACUGGAACACCUCAACCUGACUGCAUCAAACACGGGUCUAGAAAUGAUCCGACCUGUGAAAAACUGGACCACCACCACCAAAGUGGACAUUGAGAUGGUGCUGUAUGGCAUUUUAGGGGUUGAUGAAAAGUCCCAAACUGUCACAAGCCACAUUUGGGUCACGAAGUAUUGGACAAAUGAAUUUCUAACGUGGAAUCAAUCCGACUUCUGCGGGAUAGACGAGGUUUCUGUUCCCAAGGAAAAACUCUGGAUCCCGGAAAUAAUCAUUCAACAAGAUGCGUCUGAUGACGGCAGCAUCCAUGAAGAUCCUUGGGUCAUCAUGCGUCCCGACGGUUCUAUGUUCACCUUCCUCCGUCAGAGGCUGACCUUCACCUGCCGCUUCGACCUCUACAAGUUCCCCUUUGAUUCGCAAGUUUGCAACAUCACAUUUAUAUCCAUGAACACAGUGAGGAGCUUGGUGCUCGGAUCAGCCAUAAACGGCUCGGUUCUGAUGGUCACAUCCACGCAGUUCAUGAUCACUCAGGGAGAAUGGGGUCUGAAAGACAUCGAAUUAGUCAGUGGUAACAUAACCAACGGGUGGAGAUAUCACAGCACACUGUCUUACACCGUGACAUUGGACAGGAAACCGUUUCUUUAUGUCAUAAACUUCAUCAUCCCGCUGGUGUACUUGCUGUUCCUGGAUUUGGCUUCUUUUUCCAUCUCUGUGGAUUCGGGUGAAAAGUUUGGCUUUAAAGUGACUGUGCUGCUGUCCAUCUCCGUCUUACUGCUGAUUCUGAAGGACAUUUUACCCUCGACAGAAGUAGACCUGCCGGUGAUUGCCAACCUCUGCGUCGCAGUGUUCACCUUGGUGUGGCUCAGUGUGCUUGAAUCCAUGCUGGUGAGCUUCCUACUUAACCUGGAUCCUUGCUGUGAUAAAGAAAGUAAGAAAAUCUACAUGAAAAAGGACAUCAAUGUUCACAAAGAGGCCGAAGAAGAGAAUGGACAAGUUAAACCAGAGCAGAGUUUUUUCCCUCUGGGUAAACUCGGGGAUGUCGAGCUGCUGAAGCUGAUCCUGGAGGAAGUGAAGGCCGCUCGACAGGAAGCUGGCUGUCAGAAGAAGCCCAGAUGCUACCGAAGGGUGGCCACAAUCAUUGAUAAUCUCUUCUUUGUUGGAUAUCUUUUGACUUUUGUAGCAUUUGUGAUGCAUAUUUGUUUUGGAUGGAUGAAUCUUUGAAUUUUUAUCCGGAUUUUCUUGACAGUUUUUUCUGCAUGCAAUGAUAUCUGACAGUGGAUAUCGCUAAGUCUGUUUUUUCCUUAAAGAUAUGCAUGAAUUUAAACAUCAAAUGACAUUUUUCCUCAUACUUUUACAAGUUUUUCUCUUUGUUUGACUCACAAUAAAAUGUUACACAUAUGGAAUGUAAACCUUGUAAUUUACUUGA